CCGGGCGGCGGCCCCGGUACCCUGUUGCUCUGCCUGGCACUGGCCUCCGGUUUGGCUUUUUUUGGUUGUGUGGGUGCUGACACGAAUGUCACCACUGACCAUGGAACGGAGGGAUCUACCUGUGGCACAGCCCGGAGCUGCAUGGGUAUGGUGCAAGGAUGCUUAGGGGAGCUGGUGGCACCGGAUGGGAGCUGAGCAAUGCAGGGCAGAGGGCUGGGAUGGAGGAUGGAUGUUGUAUCAACCACAGCCACACAGGGAAGCAGCAUGCCACAGCCAAGGACACACACUCCUGUGGCUCUGGAUGGACCAGAUGCCCUCUGAGGAGAACUGUAACCCCCGGGGGGGGGCGGUUUUCCUUGUCACCCCAGGGAAUGUGACACAGCUGAGGCGGCAGGGACACUUCUCCAGGUGCCCGGAGGAAUACAAGCACUACUGUGUCAAGGGGAGAUGCCGAUUCCUCAUGGCCGAGAAGGCGCCAGCUUGUGUGUGUGAGAGGGGCUACACGGGGGCUCGCUGUGAGAGGGUGGACAUCUUCUACCUGCGAGGCGACCGGGGCCAGAUUGUCAUCAUCUCCCUGAUUGCUGCCAUCGUCACCCUUAUCAUCCUCAUCGUCUGCGCCUGCCUCUGCAGUCACCACUGUCGGAAGCAGCGCAGAAAGAGAAAGGCGAACGAGAUGGAGACGUUAAACAAGAAUUUGCCUUCCAAAAGCGAGGACGUGCUGGAGACAGGCAUUGCGUGAAGGUACAUGGGGUUGGUGAUGGCGACUGAUCCCCGGAUAACGGGAGGACCCCCACGAGGGGCAGCUGCUCUCCCUCCCCUCUCUCUGCAGGAGCUCCAGGUACCUGCAGGCGGGUCCCGGAGAGAUAGCGGCACCGGCUGGCUCGAAUGGCGACGGCUAAAACUAACGGCGGUGUUAAUAAAGGGGUGAACGGGAA